AUGGUUCACAGCACAGCAUACAAUCGUAUAGCUCGAAGAGUCGAAAAUCGAUUAUAUGAGUUGAUAUGUUUUUUAAUUGGUCCACGUAAAACCUCCGUUGUUGUAUGCCUGUCAGAUCUUACAAAAAAAUUGAUCUCUCUUCCCGUAGUAGAAUUUUCUCUACCGCCUAAUUUUAUCAAUCGCCGCAAAAAGCGUAUUCCAAGACGAAUUUCAGUUUCUUCAACAGCACAGCCGAAAAAAAAAGAUACAUUGUCAGACAAUUUACAAACGAAACUAGCACCAGUAUCUCCUGUGAAACAAGCAUCAUUAGUUUCUGCUUGUGUGGAAUCAGUAACUUCAAAAAAGCUCGAAAUGAUUGAUUCUGUGAAAUCAGCUAUGGUGGAUUCUAACAAUGAAAAUGGUGAUUCACUAUUGUCUUCUAAACGUCCUCGGCGUGGAAAAAAAACUUCAAUUUAUUCCACAAAAACCCGUUCAAAAAAGGAAUCGAUUAGUGUUGUUUCGAAAUCUGAUGAUAUUUCUUCUAUAAUAAAAAAAAAACGUUCAGCAAGAUUAUGGGAAAAAUUGGAACAUUUGAUUCACAUUUCAAAUGAUUUAAGCGAAAAAUCAGAAAAGGUCGAAAUGCAUCCUCCUCUUAUUCAAGAAACUUCCAGUAAUGAAGUGGAUAAAUCGGAUGACGCAUCGAUUGAUGACAAAAGGAUUACAGCAGUUGUUAAGGACAGAUCGAACUGCAGCUGGAAGGAUGAAGAAGAAUUCAGUGAAGAUAUAGCGGUUGAAAUAAAAUGCGCUUUAGACGAGUUAAUAUCACAAAUAAGUGAACAAACUGAAGUUAAUGCGAAACCGUGCGAUCUUAUAACCGAACCUUUGCGGCUUCCCGAAGAACGUCGCAUAGUUCCUCCUCUCAGGAUUCGAUUACCUAAUAAAAGGCAAAUGCGUGCAAGAAAACCUGCUCGCUCGAAAGAAUAUUCGCCACCUGGGCCCUCUUCGCGUCAGAAAUAUCUAAAUUCAGGGGGAACUGUCGGUGUGAAUCAAAAGCAAAGGUUCGGAACUAGUUUGAAAGAGUGCGACGAAACGGCUUUUGGAGAUAGUAACAGUCAGAUCUUAUCGUCAAGCUGUUCUUCAGAGCAUAACAAUUCUCCUAAUCAAGAAUUGAAGACUUUGUUUAUGACUUUGCCUGAUUACCUUGGAUUAUCUUCUUGGAUACACCUAACCACUCUUAUUCUAUCUUUUGUAUUUUUACAACUUGGAACGUCAUCUUUGGCAAAAGUGGAUUGCGAAGAGUCGAGAGAGAAAUCAUUUAAUAAACCAGGUUUUGAAACUUCCUUGCAAAAUAUUUCCUCAAACAAAUCAGAUAAUAGUAAAUUGGGUUGUGAAAAUUCUUUGCAAAAUAUUUUCUCAAAUGAUGAUAUUUUCACGACUGAAAGCGAAGAUGCCAGCAUUGAUUUGAGAAUGGAUUUCACAUCUCCAGUCCAGCAGUAUGAGGCUAACGCUGCAGUUGAUUUCAAAUUAGUCGAUGAAGGAAAAGAAACAUCUACUGGUCGUCAUUUACGCCCUAAAUCUGUUACUUAUAAAGAAUUGUUUCCUGAACUGUUUUCUUCUAGGCGACGUAAAGCGUCCAAUAGUAAUCAGUUACCGCCGAAGAAAGUGAGAGAAAAUGAAAGAAAGUCUGAAAAGUGUGUGGAAGAAACUGUAGAACACGGAACCCCGCAAACAAGUAGCACAGCAGAAGCUCACAUCGGCAGUACUAUGAUUGAAAUAUUGAAGGACAAUGCCUUGGAAGAACAGGAUUCACUUAAUUUACCUGUUGUUUCAAAUCAUGCUUCAUCACCGUUUGAACACUCUCAAAAAAUGUAUCGGCGAGAUGGAUCUGCACUGGAACGUAAAAGACGGAUGUACAACGUGAAUGCAGAUACUAACAAUUCACCAGAUGACGAUGAUGAUAAUAAUAUUGGUCAACGACGACAACAUUCAAAAGAAAGUCACUAUGAAAUGUUUUUUGAUCCUCUGCCACCUAUAUUAUUGGAUUCCAAAGACUUUUGUAAAGAAUUCGAAGAAAUGCAUGCGAAAGCAUCGAUGAAUGUGGGUAAUGUGGAUUUUCCAAAAAAUGUGGACCAAAAAUUGAGAACACAAUGCUUGCAACCAGUGCCAUACUUUAAGAGAAUUGCUCAACGGCGUAAAUUGAAUCCGUUCGCCAUAGGGCUCAAGAGUCGAUCUUCUGACAAUGAUUCAUCUAUUUUUUAUCGUGAAAUACUGCUGAGAGGAGAAGAUUUGAGAAAACAGAACGAUGCGGAAAUUGUUGUGGAUGGUCUCUUACCUCAGGGUGAUGACGAUGAUGUGGGGACGGUGAAUCCAGCGCUGGAAAUCGCUCGUAGCAUAUGUCGUGUAAUUCCACGGCCGACAAAUACGGAUGAUGAUGGCCAAUCAGUUGAGCUUACUGUCGAUGAUAUAUCAAAUCUAAUUGAAACUGAAUCAGCGGAACGUAAGGAGCUUCUUCAGGAUCUAAUUAAAAUAAUAAUGAGUCAGUACACAUCGGAAAUAGUUUCUGAGAAUGUUACUGGCGGCGCUUCAAUACAAUACGAUACGAUGAUGAAAAACUGUUAUAGGUUGAGGGAUCGGGCGUUGUUAUUCACCCAGGAAAGACGUGAUAACGUUAUAUGGGCUCACAAGUCGCUUAUCGAAAAUCUUCCUAUUAAUAUUCUCGCAACUUAUAUCAAUAUGUUGCGUUUUUGUAAAACAAUGGAUCGACAUCUUAUCGAUUUAAUCCUGAAAAAAGAUUCAUAUGAUAAGAUAAAAUCUUUAAUUCAGCCGAUACGAGAUUUUAUAUUGUCCAAAGUUUACGAUCCACAAACGAUUGCUAUUUCGAAAACAUUAAGUGUUAGUGUUACGCUAAAACGUCGAGUAGAUUCUAUUUGCCUGAUCGCUGUUGGUCCAUAUAUUAACGCUGGAGACUAUCAUCCAAAAAUAAAGAGCCAUGAUUACUUAUUCAGAAUAUUGUUGCCUAAUAUUGUUCAUUAUGUCGAGCAUGUUCGAUUAUGUUUGCCAAUUUCAUCAGAAUUUUCUGCUUGCGAAGCGGCUGAUUAUGCUAUAACUUUGGUUUGUAGAAAAGUUAAUGAAGUUCACAAAAGGUUCCCGAGUAAGAAGAUUGUUUUAGUUGGUUGGGGACUCUCUGGUUUAAUAAAUCAUCAGGUUGUGCAGUGCACAUCGGAUAUCUCUGCUAUAGUGAAUUUCGCAUUUCCUAUGAAAACAGUUGAAGGGAUGCGAGGGGAUGUUGAUGAUGAUAUAUUGUUAACAUAUUGCCCUACUCUCUUCAUUGUUGGUGAGAAAUCAACUGACUGUAAUAUUUAUGAACUUCAGAGAAUGGCUUCUCGAAUGAUUGCUCCAGCAGGAGUGAUGUUAGUUGGUUCUGCGAAUAAUAAUUUGCAAGUUUCGUCGCUACGUCUUUCUACUGAACGUUUCACUCAGCGUACCGUUCAACGUGCGUUGUUGGAUGAUAUUGUCGAUUUUUUUGAAAAAUAUUGCUUGGGCCCAUUAAGUAACUUGAAUCGUCAGAAACCUGUUGCACUGGCGGAGACCAAUGAUGCUGACAUGAGUUUGCUAAAAUUUACAAGUUCACUGUUUGGCCAGCAUUGUACUAGCAGGAAGGAUUCUGGUGCACGAGCUGCUAGAGAUCGCUUGAAAAUCGACUGGCAGUCAUCAAACUGA